UGAUAGGAUCACUGGUGGGCAAAGUGCUGGAAUCCAGGCAAAAUGUUCUUUAACGGUUUUGGUUAUCAUGGAAGUUCUUUUGAGCAGACAUACCGUUGCUAUUCUGCAUCUUUUAUUGAUAAGCCCCAUCUGGAGAGUGGUGAUAAAAUUAUAAUGCCGCCCUCUGCUCUUGAUCGACUUGCAUCCUUGCACAUCGAUUAUCCAAUGUUAUUUGAACUUUGCAAUGCUGCAACUGAACGGGUUUCACAUUGUGGAGUUCUAGAGUUUAUCGCUGAAGAGGGCAUGAUCUACAUGCCAUACUGGAUGAUGCAAAAUCUUCUUUUACAAGAGGGAGAUACUGUGCGUGUCAAAAAUGCCACCCUCCCUAAGGGUACAUAUGUGAAACUGCAGCCUCACACGAAAGACUUUCUAGAUAUCUCAAACCCCAAGGCCAUCUUGGAGACAACGUUAAGGAGCUUCUCCUGUUUAACUACAGGUGAUAGUAUCAUGGUAGCUUACAACAAUAAAAAGUACUACAUAGAUAUUGUGGAAACAAAACCUGCUUCUGCAAUUAGUAUCAUCGAGACAGACUGUGAGGUGGACUUUGCGCCUCCACUGGAUUACAAAGAACCUGAACAACCGCAACAACCUUCAAUUCCUCCCAGCAAAGCACCAGUUCAAGUUCAAGAGGCUGAAGCUGAUGCUGGACCAAAAUUCAGCCCCUUUACUGGCAUUGGGAGGCGAUUGGAUGGAAAGCCUUCAAAGCAUCAAGAGCCAACCAUCUCUUCUUCUGUAGUGAAUCGUCAGAUGGAAGCACCACAAAAUGCGAAGCAGCACUCAACAGCAUCUACUUCACAGAGUGGUAGUUCUGCACAUCAAUCUGUGGGAAAGCUCGUCUUUGGUUCAAAUGCAAACCAUGCUCCAAAAGAAGAACAGAAGGUGGCCACAAAAGAAACAAAAGCAGAAGCUCCUGAAAAAGAAGAGCCCAAGUUCAAGGCAUUUAGUGGGAAGAGUUACUCAUUGAAGGGAUAAUUAAUUGUUCACUGUAUGCCGUCUUUUCAUGAAUCAAAAAAUGUUCUUUUCACACAUGAGAUAUGUUUCAUAAUAUGUUUGCACACCAAGGUUUCCUUGAUAUAUAAAUAUGCUUCUUCACAUUGAAACAGACAUAUUCCAGUUUUCACCAACUUGUGAAUAUCUGAUGUUUGAGUCAGUCACAAUUUAAAGUUCGA